UUCACCUGUGCCCAACCUGUUUAUCUGCCGCUCCUCUGACCCGCAGCCUAAGGAUAAAUUCAAAUCUCCGUCGUUUACCCUGAAAGUUUGACUUUUCACUGGUUUCGCGGAGUGAACGCCACAACUUACCGCAGCUUCUGUGUGUUUGUUGUCAGAGGUUUUGUUUGAGUUUUAACUGGCCGACUGUGAGGACUUCGACCUCGGUGAGGUGCUUGACUCAAACAAGGAAGUCUAGUCCGCUAAACCCGUCCUUGAUGAAGUCGACGGGCCGUCAGUAACUGGCAGCAAAUGCCCACGGUGAGCUACUCUGAAAGGAGCUUUUAUUCUCGAUGUUUAUCCUCUAACGCUGGCUUGUGACAAUCUUGGACUGUUUGCGGACAGUGCCAUCUAAACAGGAUAAAGCAGCUUCCAACCUCCUCGGGACAAGAUGAACAUUUCAUUGGAAGACAUGGAUUUAUCAGCCGAAAAUAAUUCUAUUGUCCACCUGCCUGCGCCACUUCUCCCGGAGAAGUCUGACAUCUCUAACAUGACCAUCAUCCGAACCAGCAACGGGUCAAUCAUAGAGGACCAGAUGUUUCUAAACACAGUGGCUGCUCAGACCCUUUCGGGGAUAUUUGUCUGGUCAGCCUUGCUCAUAACAUGCCACCAGAUCUAUACACACCUUCGAUCCUACACUGUCCCCAAUGAGCAGCGCUACAUCAUCCGUAUCCUGUUCAUUGUGCCAGUCUAUGCCUUUGAUUCUUGGCUCAGCCUGCUCUUCAUCAGCAACGACCAGUACUACGUGUACUUUGAUUCCAUUCGAGACUGUUAUGAAGCAUUUGUCAUUUACAAUUUCCUGAGCCUGUCCUUUGAGUAUCUGGGAGGAGAGAGUGCAAUCAUGUCUGAGAUUCGAGGGAAGCCAAUACAAUCAAGUUGUCUGUACGGUACCUGCUGCCUCGUUGGUAUGAGCUACUCCAUUGGCUUUUUAAGAUUCUGCAAACAGGCGACUCUCCAGUUCUGCGUUGUCAAACCCAUCAUGGCAGUCAUCACCAUCAUCCUCCAGGCCUUUGGCAAAUAUCAUGAUGGAGAUUUUAACGUCAAUGGAGGAUACCUGUAUAUCACAAUCAUCUACAACUUCUCAGUCAGCCUGGCCCUCUACGCUCUCUUCCUCUUCUUCUUCGCGACAAGUGACCUGCUCAGACCGUACGAACCAGUGCUCAAAUUCCUCACAAUUAAAUCUGUCAUCUUCUUAUCCUUUUGGCAAGGAAUGGUCCUUGCCAUCUUGGAACGCUGUGGCGUCAUCCCCAACGCCCUCUUCAUCGAUGGACAAGAGGUCGGCGCUGGCACCGUGGCAGCAGGCUGGCAGAAUUUCAUUAUCUGCAUCGAAAUGUUCUUUGCUGCCAUUGCCCUCCGAUAUGCCUUCACCUGCACCGUCUACCAGGAGAAAAAAAAUGAAGUGCCAGAGAACAUCCCCCCAAUGCAGAGCAUCUCCAGCGGGCUCAAGGAGACCAUAAACCCUGGAGACAUGGUGCAGGAUGCCAUCCACAACUUCUCCCCGGCCUACCAGCAGUACACCCAGCAGUCCACGCAGGAGGUGGUCCAGCCCAGUACGAAUGGAAAAGUGGCCACAAGCAACAAGAGCUCCCGCAAGUCUGACAAAAUCAUGCUGAUUACCUCUGAUGAUGAAUUCUAGACAUUUUUCCAGCAAAGUCCAGGUGUUUGUGUCCUUGCCACUCCUAUCUCUGACCCCCUGGGGAAACAGCUGUAUCGCAUAUCGCACAGAACUGGAUUGAAUCCAGGUGUUUAAUUUUCAUUAUCCCAGUAUUUAAGAUGGACCGCUUACUUCUGUCCUGUUUUAAUGAAUAAUUUAAGCACCAAGAGGAGGAUGAAAUUGAUAAUAGUUUUAAAAUCGAUGGCUUAAUGACCAGAGGACUCAUCUGCCAACAUCAUAUCAGUAAGAAUCACAGGAAAAUGACAUAUUAGCUUCGCUGUAUCAGAGCAGUCUGGAGCUACACGUUUUCUUUGAAUCAAGUUGCUGGAUGUUCAGCAGUGUCCCUGAUCCUGAUUCUGCUUCUGUCAUUAUGUCAGUGCUCGCUCUCUGGCCGUAUGAAGUGUGUUCCUCUGAUUCAUGUCAGUUUCAAAGAGGAGAUGAUUAAUAUGUGACUCCAGGUGGGAAGCAGGGGAGCCAGCGAUGGCUGGGAAUGUCGCUUCAUGGACUGUCUCGCAUCUGCUUGUUUGAAGUAUUUGCUGAGCAUUCCGCUGCAUGGUUUUCUGUCAAAUGGAAGGAUUCGUUCAAAGGCACAUUAGUUUUGGAGCAGGCACUUCAAACUGCAGACUGUAGCACUUCGCAAUCCUUUGUAUCUACCACGGCAUGGACAAAUUGGAUAAACCUGUCUCCUACAAAGUGGGAGUUGUAUUAUUCUCAUUAAUUUUCCCGGCAUGCUAAAGAGCACAAUUCAGUGCAACUAGACAGCCGUUAAAUAGACAUGAACAAUCAGUCUUUUUGCAGCUUGCACACUAUAACAAAUUCUUUUUGCCGAGCCUUUUUGUGUUUGAUAUGUUCACGCCACUAUUCAUGCUAUAAUUCCAUCUUCCAGGGAUUAUGAAAUGUGUACAGAAAUUGAUUGCUGUUAAUUCUGCUAUUUAAUAUGUUUAAUUUGUGUAAAAGAAAAAAAAAGUCUUUGUUUGAAUUCUGAAUUGGGAAGAUCUUAAUGUAUUUAGUGUGUGCAGUUCAGGCGUAGUCAGAUCAAACCAAAAUCUGUGUGGGGACAGGAGACUUUCUGCAGUUUCUUCUCCCAUUGUUUUUACUAGAAAUGUUAUCUGUGUUUGUCACAUGGGAGACAUAUAUCUUUCUAAGUAAUUUAGAUGUUGAGAAACUGGUUUUGUGUAGCAAGUAACAGUUUGUUGAAUUUUGAUACCCUCUUGUGCCAAUGAUAGCUGUCUUUCUGGGAAAGCAGAAAUUAAUUUACAGUUGGGUACAAAAAUAUAGAAAAUAGUUGUUGACAAAUGUCUUUUAGUCGUGUUUGGCACUCGUGCAAAAUAAAAUUUUUGUUUUGCCUCUG